GGAGAGGUGAACAUUCCAACAAACAAGCAAAUGGCCUUCUUUGAAAACUCUAGCGGAGGUUUUCAUAGAAUUGGAUGCAUUGAGACCGAUGUGAGAAAUUAUGAAAGAGAUUUGAGAGAGGAGAGGCGCGGUCAUGAUGCACAAAUGAUGUUGGAUCAUUUCAAGUCGGAACAAGAGAAGAAUCCUUCAUUUUAUUAUGUUUAUGAAGUUGAUGAAGAGAAGCGCUUAACUCAUUGUUUUUGGGUGGAUGGCAUUGCUAGAAUGAAUUAUCAACACUUUGGCGAUGUUGUCUCCUUCGAUGCCACGCAUAACACAAAUCAAUAUGGCUUGGUAUUUGUGCCGUUUGUAGGCAUAAAUCACCAUUGGCAAAGUGUUUUUUUAGGAUGUGGCUUGAUCCCAAACGAAGAGGCAAAGUCUUUCGUAUGGUUGUUUAACAAAUGGAUUGAAGCAAUGGGUCAUCCUCCUUCGGGCAUGAUUACAGAUCAAUGUCUUGGCAUAUGCAAGGCAAUUGAAACAGUUUUUCCAGAAAUUCGGCACAGGUUUUGCAUUUGGCAUAUCUUGGACAAAGUUCCGGAGAAGUUGGGUAAAUUGGCUUAUAGAACAGAAUUUAUGAAAUCUUUCAAAGAAAAUAUUUGGGACUCCGAGACUGUUAGCUCUUUUGAAGAGAAUUGGGUUUCAAUUCUUAAAAAAAAUGGAUUGGAAACGCAUGAUUGGCUACAUGAUAUCUAUAAAAUUCGUGAAAAAUGGGCUCCGGUUUAUCAUAAACAACACUUUUGGGCUAGAAUGUCUAGUAGUCAAAGAAGUGAAGGGAUGAAUGCAUUGCUAAAAAUGCAUGUAUCAAGAAAAAAUUCACUUCAUGAUUUCGUUACCAUCUUUCAGAGGGUCUUGGCGAGACAAAGAGAGGGGGAGCUUAAAGAAGAUCAUUACACAGUGGAGAAAAAGCCAAAUCUGAAGACUUUGUGGUCAAUGGAAAAACAAAUGGCCCAAAUCUACACGAAAAAAAAUCUUUUAUAUAUUUCAAGAAGAGCUUCAACCUAGCUUAAUGUAUAACAUUGAGCUGGUA